UGGUAGAUCGCACACAGUAAAAGGUGAACUUGUGAUGCACUAGAAAUAGACAUAUACCGUACAUGUACAUGUACCUCAGACACAUCAACCAGUAAACCAUGCAAACAAGGCCAUGAACACAGGCAGCAUAUUGUAAAGACCAACCUGAUGAUAGUUACAUGUGAGUGUACAAAAACAUACACAUCUGUUUUAUUUGAAGCAACCAGUUUGGUUACAUGUAAGUAUCAUGGCCAGUAUUCAUGAGCAGCCCCGUGUUAUACUGUGGUCAGUCCCUCGUUCCUGUACCACGGCAGUCCUGCGCUCCAUCAGCAAUCUAGAAGGCGGCGUGAUUUACUAUGAGCCCUAUUACAGGGCCCUCGUUGGGGGACCAGAGAGUGAAUCUGCGUCCACCCCAGCCCCAAGAGCCACGGCCAUUCUGCCUAGUGCAGGCUCUGCAUACGACUCCUCUAUCUUCACACACGCCUGGGUGAAGAAGACACUGGAGGCAGAACACAAGGAUGCCAGCUUGGUAUUCGUCAAGGACUUUGCCUUGAGCCUUGCAGGGAAGGUGUAUAUGGAUCAUCUGCCUCAUGGGUACCGCCACACUUUCCUAAUCAGGAAUCCAAACAAGGUCAUACCCUCCUGGAGAAAAUGCCAUGAUGAGUGGAGACCAAGCAAACCACUUCUUGAUGAGGAGGCAAAGGAGGAGUGGCACAAAGCCGACAUGGGGGAGUACGCGGGUUUCAAGGACCUCCUGGAACUCUACCAGUAUGUCAGAGAAAACCUGGAUCCGGCGCCGUUUGUCAUGGAUGCCGACGAUUUGGUCUCCCAGCCCGAGACUGUGAUGACUGCCUACUGCAAGGCCACUGGAAUUCCUUUCAGCAGGAAGCUGAUCGAAUGGGAGAAUGACAGCUCACCGAUGUACGCCAAAUGGAUCACUUGUCGGGACCAGUUAGGGUACUUCAACUGUGACUACCACACCAACGACAGGUGCAGUAGCGGCUUCAGGAAGAACGAAGACCUGCCCAAACCAGUUUCGACAUCCGUGACCAAUCCUAAGGCCAUUGAACAAAUAGCUAAGUGUGUGCCUUACUACGAAAAACUCUAUCGUGAACGCUUUGUCCCGUAA